AUGAUGGCAGGGGGGCUGAAGAAGGAGCAGGACACCAGUGCUCACUUGGAGAGGAUGAAGAAGAACCUGGAGGUCACAGUCAAGGACCUGCAGCACCGUCUAGACGAGGCGGAGAAACUGGAGUCCAGGGUGUGUGAGCUGGAGGCUGAGGUUGAAGCCGAGCUGAGACGUGGACCUGAUGCUGUGAAAGGUGUUCGCAAAUAUGAGAGGAGAGUGAAGGAGUUGACCUACCAGGUACAUUUUAACUGUUAA